CUGGACGUUCGUUUGGACUACCGCAUCAGCUGCCUGCUGUCGAUCUUCAAGAAGGCCUUCGAGACCUCCUCGCCGGACGCUCUCGGUCGAGUGGACGUGGAGGCCAUAGGACUACAGGACGAGGGGAUCUUCAGCUGUUUAAAUUUCAGAGACGGUUUAGACCUGGAUGCUUGCGGCGGUCGUAUGGUGUUGAGAGUUCUGCUGCAGCUGUGUUCCCAGGGUGCUUCGGCCAGUCUCGUUUCAGGAGCCCUAGCGCUGCUAUUCCGUCAUUUCAGUCAGAGACAAGAAGUUUUGGAGGCUUUUAAGCAGGUCCAACUGUUAGUGUCUGACGCGGACGUGGAGUCCUACAAACAGAUCAAGGCCGACCUGGACAUACUGAGACAGAGCGUUGAGAAGUCGGAGCUGUGGGUGUUCAAUAAGGGACGCGCCGGGAUUAUAGAUGAUCACAGCGAUAUAAAAGGCGCCGUUGGUCCUGGCGGGACGGUGUUGGAGCGAAACGCGUCCUUAGACAACGUGCGAGCACCGAGAGGAGAUCGACAGGACUACGAUAAGAUUAAAGAGAUCCUGGAACGUAUGAUCAAGUACUGUACCCAGGGCAACACGGCGAGGGAGGGGGGCGACUAG